AUGGCUUCCGACAACAACCCCGUCGCCCCUGACCACUUCAAUGAAAACGAGGACCUCCUCGCCAACAAGAAAUUCUCUGAUAAUAAUGAAGACUACUCCGCCUCCUCCGCCGCCUUCGCCGUCGAUCGUCCUUCCCCAUCCACCUCCGACGCCCAGGUCCCACCGGACGAGUUCCGCAAGCUCUUCCAACGCCUAGUGGUCAACUACUAUGAAUGGCAUUCCCUUGAGCCAUUCUCAAUUUUAUUCCAUCGAAAUUCGACUCUAAAUCGACCGAUUCUCCAGCUUGAUUUGUUGAUACUAAAAUCGCGUCGGACCAUCACAAGUCGUCAAGGCAGUAUCAUGGACACCAAUAUUUUUAGUGAUGAGAAAUUAGAGAGCAGACUUUACAUUGGUAACCUUGAUCUGAGAAUAACAGAGGCUGCUCUGAUUAAGAUGUUUUCUCCAUUUGGAAAGAUUAUCUCCGAGGACUUCUUAUGGCAUACUCGUGGCCCCAAACGUGGAGAGCCACGUGGUUAUGCUUUUAUCCAGUUCAGUAAUAAAGAGGAAGCAGUAAAGGCCAAGGAGAAAAUGCAUGGACGAAUGGCUUGUGGACGGCCGUUGGUUGUUCGUCUGGCCAGUGAGAAAUACCCAACUGAAGGAUUAUCCAACUCUUCCAAAUGCCUCGAAGGUGGCAAGGCGGGCCUAUUGGGUGGAGCUGACAACCGGAGCCUUCGGGACCGCACCUGGAGAAGGGAAGUCCGUCUGAACCGCAACAAUCGCCAUCGCAAGACCUCGAGGUGCACGCUACUUCAGGGAGAGGGACGAGUAGCUGAGGGUGACUAUUGGCCGAAGCCCCGAUUUUGCCCGAGGAAGGCGAACUGA